AUAGGCAACGGUGGCGGAUAGACUUUGGUGUCUACAAUUACCCAACUCUACUUGCUUCACUUCCGGUUUUGACGGUAAGGAAUUUUCCACAAACGAAAAAUAGAAAUGAAACCAAAGUUAUGAGGUAUAUGCUGAUUGGUGUCCGAAUAACUAGAUGAAUCACCAUUAGAACUUCCGUUCUAGAAUAAAUGGUCAUCUGAGAUGGUAGCCAUCGUCCUAAAGGGCAUUCAUUUUUUAUGUAAAUAGAAAAGAACCACCAUGAGUUCUCGAAGUCGACUCGAUUCCCAAGUGUCUGUGGACGCCCAGCCCAGCUUCAUGCCAUCUAGUCCAAUGGUAGAUCUAGAAUUGUCUGGAUUAGGACUGGCCAGUUCUAGGAGUGAUGUGCCGCCGAGUGACAUGCAAGCGUUUAUUGAUCAGUACCGGGAUAGAAUGACGUCGGAGGAAAAGAUAGGGUACUACGAUGUAAUGAUUCUGUAUGCAGAGGACGAUCGAGAGUUAGCAGAAAGUUACAAAGAGCACCUGCAGAAUGAUAUAGUGUUAGAGGGAGGGCGGAGAGUGACCGCGGUGCUAUACGAUGAUCAGGAACUGGUGUCUCUAGCAGGGUCAAAGAUAAAGAGUCUGGAUUUCUGCUUUCAGAGAUGUACUUUUGCCUUUAUUUAUCUCACCAAGAAAUUUUGUCAGUGUGAAUGGUCCACUUUAUCAAGUGAGGAGUGCUUAAUGGAAUCUAUUUAUAACCCCAAAAAGAAAUGGUGUGUGGUGCCUGUAUAUACAGUGUCUAGAGCCAAAGCAGACUUCAAAAUCCCCAUGGGGCUGAACGCUCUGAAGGGAGUUAACUUUUAUAACAAUGAUGAUUUUUAUCGCAGAGGUUUAAGACGUUUAAUCGGUGACAAAGUCAGUGUAAGACUAAAUCAUAACUCAGAACAUUUCCACAAGCAAUACAUGGCAGCAUGCCGAAUAAGAAAUGAGGACAUUGUAAGAAAGAAAACAGAGGAGGCUCUGAAGCGACAUGAGGAAUUAAGAUAUGAACGUCUGCAACAGGAAUUGGAGUUUAAAAAACUUAAAGAAAAUAUGCCUCCUCAUUCAAAACUGGCUCCCUCUGAGACUGAAGAGAGGAUGACAGACUCCAUUGUGAUAGAGAAACAGAGAAUUAAACUGCAGGAGUGUAAUGAUUCUAGACAUUAUAAAAAAUCACCUAUGGAGUCCGGGACUGAUAGCUUCGGAUCAGAAGUUGGCAUGGACUCCAAACCAUCAGAAUUGACAUCUCUCUAUUCUAUGAAAAGUUCUGGGAAAAUUCCAAGCAUGCAUGAUGAGAAACCUGGAAAAACUCCAAGCAUGCAUGAUGAGAAACAAAGAAAAACUCAAAGCAUGCAUGAUGAAACAGUAACACAACAUGGAGAUCAAAGUAUAUUACAAAUGGACUAUGCCAGUGAGGUUAUUGCAGCAAAAACUUCAGAGGAUAUAGUGAAAGAAUACCGACAAGGUAUAGAGGUUCAUCAUUACCACCACUAUCCAGAGGGCCCUGGGCAUGUCACACAUAACUAUAACAUAGCUAAUGCUGAGAAUGUUGCCAUUGGGAAAAAGGCCACCAUCGUUUCGACUCGGGAAAAUGAUAAAGUUAUCGACGAGGAGGAAAAUAGGAGGAACAGCUUACGGUCUAGUGGUUCAUUUCAAAGUGUGGAUGGUGGUUUGAGUACACCAAGUAACUCACUAGUAAGGGGACGUCACUCUGACGGAGACACUCAGGCCCCGGAAUCAGUACCAAUGACUUCACAAAAUUAUCUACCAAACACACCGCCCAUCAGAGAAGAAAGCUUGAAAAACGAUGAAAAUGUUAGUGAAGUAAAGACUGUGAUACGGGCAAAUCCUAGCGAAGAGAAAAAGAAUAUCUCCGGUGAUGAAAAUUUCCCAUCAAACCAUUCUAGUGCAGUAAAACCAGAUAAAAACCCUUCACCAAAUCAUCCUAGGGUUGGCCCCAGUAGACCAAUGAAACCACUCCCUAGUGGGCCUAGGCAGAACUCAAAACCAGUGGUAGUCCCUGUUAAACCGAUGGUGUCCAUGCCUGAUAAACCCAGCAGUGAGGAUUCUGAUACUUUGUUAAAGACACCAUAUGGAGGAACCGAUUCCCAGUGCACAGACGUUAAAAGGACUCAAACAACUGGUGCAAGCAGCCCAGUGAGUGAUGACGAAAAUACAGACUUAAAAAGAAUCAUCACCCCAAAUAUAACUAGUAACGGUCCUCAGGAGGAGACCAAAGUGAAGCAAAUUCUGCCAGUGAAUCAGACAAUACCAUUAGUGGUCAUGGAAAAGAUGCAGGGCAGCUGUAAACCCAACGUUGUGGCUCGAGGUUGUCCCCCCUUAGGGGCCCCAGAGCACCCAGUGAUGCCCUCAAUCAGUGAUUCAUCCGACAUUGUGGAGGACUGUCCGGGGUCGGAGACAGGUACAGACAGGGACAGUGCGGAGUAUGUAACCGUGCAUAAAGAGGACGUAGAAUCGUACUCAGAGAGCCUAGGAACAGAUGUUGACAGUGGCUUUAUGCUGACAGACGUAGAAAAAGAGUUGGAUUGUGUAAAGAAGGCUAUGGAAAUGGGAUACUUAAAAAGUUGCAUCAAACAAGCUUUGAAUAAAUUGAGUGCUAGAGCUUUCACAGGUAAAACAGUGGACAUUAACAGCUUGCUUGAUGAAAUGCAUAGAAUAAACAUUGAAUCAACUUCACCAGAGUCAACAGAUGUAAACCCAGAUUGCAAGAUCUCAAAACAAGCGCAGAAAACCUCCAGCAAAUUCAGUGAUAAAAAAUCACAUGACAGCAAAUCAAAUGACACAAACAGCAGACAAAAAUCUGGAAUAUUGCAGAAAUUUUUCAGUAACUUUACGAAAGGUGGAAAUUGAAAGGAGAACAGAGAGAUUCAUGGGAAAAAAAUUUACAAAGUUUGACAGCUUUAAUUCCGAGUGAGGAGACUGCUUUCCCCCUUCUGCGAUCCCCAUAGUAAAUGGUGGCCAAAUUUUGUCUGUGAUAGUACGGAAGCUAAAAAUAGCUCUGUUGUAGAGUGAUGGAUAUGUUGGUUCAUGUGAACUAAACAUAUAACCGUAAACAAAAUGUGUGUGCUAUUAUGGAAAAAAAGGUGAUUUCAUACACAUUUCUAUAAGGAAUCACCGGGAAUUAAAUAAAAAAAAUCAUUUCUGGGAACUUUGCAAGAAAAAAAUAUAUUGUCCAUUAUAGUAAGGCAGUUGAUAAAAAAAUCAUAAAAAUAUCAUUGAAAUCAUUAAGUUCCUCUAAAGGCUUCCUAGAAAUACUCAGUCCAAGUCAUGGCUGAGAUUUGUUAUAUUUGAAUCUUGUUUUUCUCAGAGGCUAGUGCAUGGCACUAUUUAGUAUAUGGCACUGUUUUAAAGUUGCCUUCUCAAUUCAAUUGCAAUUCAUUUUAUUUUUUAAGUAAUUGGGCAUAGACUGAAUUAAUGGAUAAUAAUAUGCUCAAGCAAAGGCAUUUUAUUUCAAAAUCUUGUUCAUCUGACAUAAAAGUGCUAUGGCCCUGGGCCUCUGAGAAUUGAUUUUGUCCUUUAUGUUUAUACCACCUGGUGGUAACAUUAUACAUUAUGAAUGUAUUAUCAAGUAUUCAUGAAU